GGUGUGUCGUGAGGAGCUCGAUCUUCUGCGGCAUAAGCAUAUUAAUCUCUGAGAGAGAGAAGAUAUGGUUACUAUCAUUCCCAGCAGAGUGGAGAAGAUAUGGGAGAGUUGGAAUGUCCGAGGUGCUAUUCUUUUAAGCUUCUUCAUCCAAAUGUUUCUGGUCUUAUUUGCUCCAUCAAGAAAACGCUCAGACAACAUGCUGGUAGGAUUUGCCAUUUGGUCUGCUUACUUGCUUGCUGAUUGGGCUGCCAACUUUAGUGUUGGACUUGUUACUUCCAACAAUGGCAAUAAUAACGAUACUGCUAAGGAUAACCUGAUGGCAUUGUGGGCCCCAUUUCUACUGUUACACUUUGGAGGCCCUGACACUAUAACUGCUCUUAAUUUGGAAGACAAUCUGUUGUGGCUAAGACAAAUACCUGGAUUGUUGUUUAAGACUCUGGCAUUGGUUUAUGUGUUUGUCGUAACUGUUCCACAAAACAGAUUGUGGGCUCCAACACUCCUCAUUUUUGUUGCUGGAAUCAUCAAAUACUCUGAGAGGACUUGUGCUUUGUACGUUGCAAGUAACAUGAUUUUAGGGGAAGAAUCUAAAGAGUCUGUAUUACCUAAUAAGACCACAAAGGAACUUAUUGAAGAACUUACAAGACAACAACGAUUGGAUUUUUCAUACAAGCGCCUAAUUGAUGUGGGGCCUCUUGGUGAUAUACUGAUGGAAUAUCGUGAUUACUUCUGGCCACAUACUAAUCAAUCACCCAUUGAAGCUCUUAAUUCAACAGAGGUGUUUUGUGAAUUCACCUAUGAAUUGUACUAUACUAAGGCUUCGAUUUUACGUAACAAGGUCGCAUGCAUUGCUCGUUUUGCAGCUCUCAGCUCUGUUGUGGUAGCCUUGGGGCUUUUCAUUUCAAUGGAAAAGGAUCAUUUAUACAAGUUUGACAAAACUGAUGCUGCAGUUACCUAUUUAUUGUUCUACGGUGCAUUGUUCCUUGAAACAAUCUCUGUCUUCAGGCUUAUAUUCUCUGAAUGGAUGCUUGUCAUUUCAAAUGAAUCUUCACAGAACGAUUCAUAUUUGGGUCGUGCCAUCAAAUUUUGUCAAGUCAAGAUUCUUGAGCCUAUCCUUGUCCUUCAAAGAUCAAGAUUCUCUAAAUGUAAGAACACGCCUUACACCGAUUUUGAAGAACUGUCUACUCCAUUCUUAUUUCGCAGAUGGUGUGGUUCAAUCUCAGGGCUCAAUUUAAUCAAAAUCUGCCUUGGCGAGGGUCGUCCCAAGAAGCAAUAUUUGCACUUCAAACUGGUGGAAUUUCUAGAAGGUGUUUUCUAUCAAAUUGCUCCUUAUUUUGGUGCUAAAGACCUGAAGCUGUUGAAGUACAAAGUAAAAAGUCCAUUCUUUUUAGACUUGUGGCAGUUCAUUUUGGCUGAUCUGACAUCUUUACUACCAAAUAUGCGUAAUGAUGAUUUGCGGGGAAGAAUACAUGCUGCAAUAGACACGCGAAUAGAAUCCCGUGCACACUACGCGAAGGUGGCCGGUGCACUCAUGUCUCUCGAAGGAUUUAUCAUUCAUAGGAUAGGUGACAAUGAGUAUGCUUUUGAUGAAAUGAUCUUAUUGUUGCAUUUGAGUACUGAUCUUUGCUAUGAUAAUGAUGAACACAAUGUUGCUGCUAAUAAGCGUCAUUUGGUCAAGCUUCUUUCAGAUUACAUGCUAUACCUUCUACUCAUGCAACCAAAUAUGAUGUCAGAAGUACCAGGAUUUGCACAGAAGUCGGAGUUUCAGCGUAUUUAUUCUGCUCUCAUUCCAUUUAUUAGAGAGGAAGAUCCAAACAUAAGAGAUCAUGAGCUUCGGAUACGUCUUCUUAAUCUAAUCAAGGGAUCGGGUCUUCCUACUCUCCGUGGUGCAUGUCUCCUGGCAGAAGAGCUAAAUGAUGAAUUCCCACCAGACAUGAAAUGGGAAUUUAUAGGCAUGGUAUGGGUUCAAAUGUUGCUAUUUGUAGCAGAGAAAAAUAGGCCAAGUAGUCAUGCCCAACAUCUUUCUAAAGGUGGAGGUCUUAUUUCGCUUGUUUGGCUAGCCUCCUUACUUGUACGGCUAAACGGAGAUCGUGAAGAGCAGCCAUGGUUUCAACAGUCACCUUAACAAUUUACAUAACAAUGUGCACUCUCGCUUGUACUAUUG